GGUCACAUAUGCUGGUAGAGUAAAGUAACGUGGUGGGAUUAGUGCGUACUAGCUGUCUUACUUUAACUAGCCGUCAAAUGAGUCGGGCUUCAACAACUUACUGUUCCGACUCUGCAUUGUUAAAAUGCAGGGAGACACAUUGCCAAAGCCAGUUGAGGAGUAAUGUUGAGUUUAAGUUAAUCGGUACUAACGUUACGCGCGUUGGAAGCAGCUAGCUCGCUAGCUAGUUAGCCAGCUGCGGAUUCAGCUUCACGUUACUUCCUCGCUCAUGGUUCCUUCUCGGCUGUCAGAACGAAAUAGCCGUUAAAUGCAACGAGGCGUCUUUCAAUUUAAACAACAAGGGACAGGGCGAAUAAAGCACCUUGCGCGGGAUAACGUCAGGCAUUUCAGCAACAGACACACCCAGGCGAAUUGUUUAGAAGUCAGCCGAAGUUAAUGUGAUGUUGCGUUGCUAAUAGCGACGGCUAGCUCGCCAGCUAACUGUUAGCAGCAACAACAUGGAGCGACCGCGUUAGGAAAUAAACACUUGUUUGUUUUCUUAUUUUCAAAUCCAUGCAAGCGGAGUGUCCGUGAUCGCGGUGGCUAAAACUAUGACGUCUGUGGAAACGACGACAUCUCCUCAAGCACCGGGGCUGAACGCGUCGGCCAGCCGGGGAGCGAGCGCCGAGAGCCCGCGGCAGAGGCUCCAGAAGCUGCUCGCUGUACCGGGACACGAGCCGAGCCGAGCGAACGACCUGCUGCUGCUCCGGCCCGACGCGGGGGACCGCGGAUACGGACACGUCGUGUUCUUCCACGGGGACAUCCAGAACUUCGAGGAGGAGAUGGCUGUGCAGCCCGACGGAGCCCAGUGGCUCUCCUGGAGCCUGGAGCGGGUCGCCCUCUCCCUCGGCCGGCGUUUCCCGGACCGCCACGUUUGGGUGGUCCGAGCCUCCCGCAUGUAUCUCCACAAGUUCAGCAGCUACCACAACUUUGUGGAGAGCAACAUGUUCGGGGCCCCGGAGCACUCGCCGUACUGCGCCGACUCCGGAGCGUUUCUCCACCUCAGGGCCCUGCUGAGCCACGGCAUGGAGCGGGCCAACCUACCCAACCCCCUCCGGCCACAGGGAGGCGCCCACGACCUCCCCCCGGGGUUCUCCUUGACGCUGGUGGGCUUCAGCAAAGGCUGCGUGGUGCUGAACCAGAUGGUGCACGAGCUGGCCGGGGCCCGAGCGGACCUGCAGCUGUCCCGCUUGGUGGGGGCCGUGUCGGACAUGUACUGGCUGGACGGCGGGCACCCGGGAGGCAGCGAGACCUGGGUGACGGACAAGCAGCUGCUGAAGGAACUGGCCUCCAGCGGGGUGUCGGUCCACGCCCACGUGACCCCUUACGAGGUGAGCGACCCCAUGCGGGCCUGGGUGGGCCGCGAGCACGGACACUUUAUUAAGUGCCUGGAGGAGUUCGGGGCCAGGCUGAAUAAGAAUCUGCACUUUGAGGAUGAGCCCGCCUCCAUCGAGAACCACUUCAGGAUCAUCCAGGAGUUCUGAGCUCGCCCGGUAGCACUGACAGGCAGUCUGCGUGUCCUUUCUGCUGCGCUCAACUCGUUUAGCUUGGUAGCAUGUGGCCGAUGGCCGUGUGUCCACCUUUCACCGCGGGAUGAUUCUGUAAAGCAAACCACUGACUGAAGGACUGCCUAGAAACUAUAAAACUAUAACACUGUCCGAUUGAAUGCAGAGAUUCACAUAUUCUUCAAUAAUCUUUGAUGUGCACUUUGGGAGGGGAGGAAGUUGAUCUGCCUUCUGCUGUGCUGGAGGGACAAAUAACAUGUUUCUUCAUAGUAAUCAAACUAUCGGAGCCCACAUACAGACGAGUUAAGGUAUUUAGACUUAAAGAUCAGCAGUUUAAGUUUCCUUAUCGCUUCCCUGCUGUUAGAUUACGUUGUGUUGAUACCUGCACUUCUUCCUGAUAUCAGCUGGUCGUUCAGUAUUCCUACUUGAUUUUAUUCAACGGUUUAAUGGUCUUCAAGAGAAAAAAACAUUCCAUUGUUAUUUCGUUGAGUUUGAGCCCAAUACUGAAUUCCAGUCAUCUUUAAGACCUUUUUGUUCAAAAUGUCAUUCAGCUGCACUCUUUGGGGUAAAAACAGUCAAUAGAAUCUAACCUCAAGGUCCGUUUAGUGGAGCCUUCAGUUGGUUUACGUUUUGUUUCACCUUUAUGAAUAAAGAUUGAUGAGUUGGGAAGAUGUAUAAACUAGAAUGUAUCUAUAAUGUGCUUUGCAGUUUUUUCUUGUGGCAGCAGAAAUGUAACACACACAUAAACAAGGUGUGUGUGUGUGUGUGUGUGUGUGUGUGUAUCAGUCUGUGCCUCACGCAGCCUCUGCACCACGCUGAAUGUAACUUCAAAUCAUUCCAUAAUGGUUCAAUCUGGCACAAGGACUGUAAGUAGACCCUGGUAAGGCUGUGACGCUUUCUCCACAUAUAUUGGUUCAGCUUGAAGGCAACAGCAUAAAAAACACAUGAAAUAGUCCAGAUAUUUUCUACAACCUUUAAUGAGCGUUUUCCGUCUGCUGAUGUCUACAUAUUAGCCUGCAAUUGAUCAGAAUACAAUUAGGAUUAUGUCUUUGUUUUAGUCAUUUCAAAUGCAAUCAGAAUGCUGACAAAUAAAAUAAAGGAAAUAAUAUAAAACACAAAAUAAACAUACAUCUGAAA